AUGUUGCGGUGCUCGGCACAAUGCCUUUUAUUCAGUAGGCUGGGACGCACAAAGCUCGGGGCUGAGGUGCUCAUGAAGACACGCAUUGAGAUGCGGGAGGUGUCGAAAUCAGAGAAUCGUUUCAUUCGCUUCUUUGCGCGGCGGCGGCCGAUUGACUACUUGGCGCUGGAGGUUGACGGCCCCAUCACAAAGGAGCUGCACCCGUCAUUUCGCAUCGUGAAGCACAUAUGUACCCUUCUACUUGUGGUUCCCGUCUUUGUGACGCUGGUGAUGGGCAAACUAUCGCCGACCUACUACGUGUUGGUGCCAACUGGAUUUGUCACACUGGAGCAAUUUGAGCGCAUGUGGGAGUUCUCGCACUGGGCUGUUGUUCUCGUUGGCCAACUCUUAUUUUUUGUCGUCUUCUACGAUCUCUCCGUUUAUGUGCGCUACCCCUUCUUUGCGUAUGUGCUGGCGCCGUUGUACCGCCGGCUGGGUUGGCGGCGCUCGCGGCUGCAGUCGUCCUCCAUGACACUCGACGAGUUGCAGCGGCGCCGGCCGCACGCGAGGCCUCUUGGCGUUCCGCUGGGUGAAGCGAAGAGGGGGUCACGUCAGGCGCAGCGCCCCGACCUGCACGGGAGUCGGGAGAAGGAAAAAAAGUAG